AUGUCUGAGGGGUAAAAAAAGUCAAAGAUCUCUGCAUCUCGCAGACUUGCUCUCAAGACCAAGCUGCUGAAAAUGGCAGGCAUGAUGUUAGAAAAAGAGAAGGAGGAGAAGAAGAAGGAGCGAGAAACUACUUUGAACGAGAGACUCCCUCCACUUCAGCUGUCUGGUUUAUCACUGCAGGACCUUCAGGCUCUCUGCAAAGAACUGCACCAUAAGAUUGAUGUUGUAGAUGAAGAACGCUACGACAUUGAUGCUAAAGUGAACAAAAAUAACGUGGAGAUUGAAAACCUGUCCCAGAAGAUCUUUGAGCUGAAGGGUAAGAUGAAGCGACCCGCUCUUAAAAGGGUGAAGAUUUCUGCUGAUGCCAUGCUGGGAGCUCUGUUGGGUGCUAAGGUCAAAGAGUCUGUGGACUUCAAGGCCAACCUCAAGACUGUGAAGAAAGAGGAGGAGAAGAAAGAGGAGGUGACUGACUGGCGUAAAAACGUGGAGGCCAUGUCUGGUAUGGAGGGCAGGAAGAAGCUGUUUGAUGCUGGACAGUAGACUUAGUAGGAAAAAUAGAUAUUAUCCCUGCUCAGGAUAGGUAGUCGGCAGUGCUUUUGUGAGUGUGUUGUCUUUUAAACAGACCUAAACUUAUGUCG